AUGGCAUCAUUUCAGCGGACGUCUUUUUUGGUGGCAUGGAGCGGUAUAGCGGAGAAGGCAGGAAAAGUCACCACGCACGACGAGGACACUGACAUAUUGUGCCCACUGUAUAUUAUUUGA